AGCCCAGCCUUUGCCAUCUCAUAGCACAAGACAGGAUAUGGUACACCCAGAACACUGGGGUAACUGGAGUGGUAGAAGGCUUGGGUCAGAGGGCAGCAGUGUCUUCACACACCUGUAACCCACUGCCCACCUGACAAGGCCCUUGGUGAACAGCUCCAUUCAGUGACCUUCUCUAUGCCCUGCCUCCUUGUGGGUAUUACAGGCUGGACUGCAGCCCAUGAUGCAAAACUUUGAACCUACUACCUGUUGGCUCUACCUUUAAAAUACUAACGUGUCUGAAAUCUGACCACUGAUCACCACCACUCUGAUCCAAGCUGCCAUCAUCUGCCACCUUGAUUACUGCAUUGGUUCCUCGGAUCACUCUGCUCCUUCCCUCGCCCUCUUCGUCUAGUCUCCACAGAGGCCACAGCCCAUCACUGCUCUGCUCAGAACCAUGCCAUGGCUCCCCCUUUCACUCAAAGCCAGAGACAUCACGAUGUCCCUAAGGCUCUCUGCAAAUCCGGCCCCUCACUGCCUCUGACCAUAGUGCUGUUCCAACUAAGGGCUCGAAACAGGUGGACAAACAGGCAAGGCGAGUAAGCAGCAAGGAGGGAGAGGCAGGGGAACCAGGAAGCUCUGGGCGAGGGUCACUCUAACACAGGUGAGGAGGCUCCGUGCGGGCUUAAUGGGCUCUGCCGCAGGAGACUCCAGGGUCAGCUAGGGCUGGGCCGGGGGUCGUCGCCCAGGGGUGCUCCUGUGGGCGAGGGGCCUUUCGUCUCCCCGUCCGUGCUCUCGAAUAGUGGCUUUGAACGGCAGCUGCCCAGGUUUCGUUAGCCUGUUCCCGCCCUAUUCCUCAGCGCCGCUCAGGAAUUGCUGACUUGACUGGGACAAAACCCCACAAAAUAGGUCGACGAGAACUCACGCUCCCAGAAGGCUUCACCGCCUGAAAAGAGAUCUGAGCAAGCCCUGAUGUUCUCGGCAGGGCUGAGGGGAGGGCUUCACAGGCGAGGGGAGGCUCAAGAUUAGCUUCUUCAUCUGGAAAAGGGUAUCAUUAACAGCCACUUCCUCACAGACUUGUCACUAUUGAAUGGAACGAUCCCUCGAAGGCGCUCAGACUUCACCAAGCUCCUGUCGCGCAGUGCAGCCACCGUGAGCCGCCAUUUCGCGGGCGGGCAAACCGAGGCUCGCAGCGCCGCGAGUCACCCAGGCCCUCUACUUGGACAGCGGCGGCGGGAGAGGGCAGCCUGAGCCCGGACAGUACCGCAGCCCACGGGAGUCCCUGGUGCCGCGGGGGCGGGACUCGAGGAGGAGCAGCUCUGCCCACUGCCAUGGUGGCACUUCCAAAGUCGGAUCGCGCCGCCUGGAACUACAACUCCCAGCAGCCCGCGCGGCACGUCCUGGUCGACGCCGGGGGAGCGGCCGCCAUUGUCCGCGGCGGAGGUUGUAUUGCAGUUGCUCUCUGCGCAUCACCGAAUUCAUUGUUGCUGGGCAGGUGCCUGUUUGGUUAAUCCUGUGGGAUGGCGGCCAUCAACCCGUGGGCCUCCUGGGGUGUCCUUACAGAUGAGUCCUGGGAGAUGGCAGCUGUCGACCCAUGGGUGUCCUGGGGUGAGUCAAGAGCCUGUGUCCCCAUUGGCCACAUUGGCUGCCAUGUCGUGGCCUCUCCCAGCAGUGAUCUGCCAUUGCCCUGGAUCAGAGCCAGGGAACCAGCUCUGUGCCCUCAAGACACUGCGUGGCGUGUGGAGGAAACUCCCGAGGAAGGGAGGAAGGCUACCGGGCUCCUGACUGCCCAGGUCCAGGAACCAGUGACCUUCAAGGACGUGGCUGUGGACUUCACCCAAGAAGAGUGGGGGCAGCUGGACCCUGUUCAGAGGACCCUGUACCGGGACGUGAUGCUGGAGACCUAUGGGCACCUGCUCUCUGUGGGGAAUCAGAUCCCCAAGCCUGAGGUCAUCUCCCUGUUGGAGCAAGGAGAAGAGCCAUGGUCAGUGGAGCAAGCAUAUCCUCAAAGCACUUGUCCAGAAUGGAUGAGAAUUCUUGAAAGCAAAGUGUUGAUCCCAACACAGAGCAUUUUUGAAGAACAAUCCCAUAGCAUGAAGUUGGAAAGGUACAUAUGGGAUGAUCCUUGGUUCUCUAGGUUAGAAGUGUUGGGAUGUAGAGACCAAUUAGAAAUGUACCACAUGAACCAGAGUACAGCCAUGAGGCAAAUGGUCUUCAUGCAAAAGCAAGUAUUGUCUCAGAGAGGCUCUGAGUUCUGUCAACUUGGGGCAGAGUGUAACCAGAGCUUUGUCCCAUCUCAGAGAGUUUCUCAAAUAGAACACUUCUAUAAGCCUGAUACAAAUGCUGAAAGCUGGAGAUGUAACUCAGCCAUAAUGUAUGCAGAUAAGAUUACCUGUGAAAAUAAUGAUUAUGACAAAGCCUUCUACCAGUCAGUGCAACCUAUCCACCCUGCAAGGGUGCAAACUGGGGAUAAUCUUUUCAAAUGUACUGAUGCUGUUCAGUCUUUCAAUCAUAUACUACAUUUUGGUGAUCAUAAGGGAAGUCAUACAGGAGAAAAACUCUAUGAAUAUAAGGAAUGCCAUCAAAUCUUUAACCAAAGCCCACCAUUUAAUGAACAUCCAAGACUUCAUAUUGGAGAAAACCAGUAUGAUUACAAAGAAUUUGAGAAUAUCUUUUACUUCUCGUCCUUUAUGGAACAUCAAAAAGUUGGUACUAUAGAGAAAGCUUAUAAAUACAAUGAAUGGGAGAAAGUCUUUGGGUAUGACUCAUUCCUUACUCAACAUACAAGCACUUACACUGCAGAGAAACCCUAUGAAUAUAAUGAAUGUGGGACAUCUUUCAUCUGGAGCUCUUACCUUAUCCAACAUAAGAAAACUCAUACCGGAGAGAAACCCUAUGAAUGUGAUAAAUGUGGGAAAGUUUUUAGGAAUCGUUCAGCCCUUACUAAACAUGAACGGACUCACACUGGAAUAAAACCCUACGAAUGUAAUAAAUGUGGGAAAGCCUUCAGCUGGAAUUCUCAUCUUAUUGUACAUAAGAGAAUUCAUACAGGAGAGAAACCUUAUGUAUGUAAUGAAUGUGGGAAAUCUUUCAACUGGAACUCUCAUCUCAUUGGACAUCAGAGAACUCACACUGGAGAGAAACCUUUUGAAUGUACUGAAUGUGGAAAAUCUUUCAGCUGGAGCUCCCAUCUUAUUGCCCAUAUGAGAAUGCAUACUGGAGAGAAGCCCUUUAAAUGUGAUGAAUGUGAAAAGGCUUUUAGGGAUUACUCAGCCCUGAGUAAACAUGAAAGAACUCACUCUGGAGCAAAACCAUAUAAAUGUACUGAAUGUGGAAAAUCUUUCAGCUGGAGUUCCCAUCUUAUUGCUCAUCAGAGAACUCACACAGGAGAGAAACCCUAUAACUGUCAGGAAUGUGGCAAAGCAUUCAGAGAACGCUCAGCUCUCACUAAACACGAAAUAAUUCAUUCUGGAAUUAAGCCUUAUGAAUGUAAUAAAUGUGGAAAAUCUUGCAGUCAGAUGGCUCACCUUGUUAGACAUCAAAGGACUCAUACUGGAGAAAAGCCCUAUGAAUGCAAUAAAUGUGGAAAAUCCUUCAGCCAGAGCUGUCACCUUGUUGCUCAUCGGAGAAUUCACACUGGUGAGAAACCCUAUAAAUGUAAUCAAUGUGAAAGAUCCUUUAACUGUAGCUCUCACCUUAUUGCACACCGGAGAACUCAUACGGGAGAGAAACCAUAUAGAUGUAAUGAAUGUGGGAAAGCAUUUAAUGAGAGUUCUUCCCUUAUUGUACAUCUGAGAAAUCAUACUGGAGAAAAACCCUACAAAUGUAAUCAUUGUGAGAAAGCUUUCUGUAAGAAUUCUUCUCUUAUUAUUCAUCAGAGAAUGCAUAGUGGAGAGAAACGCUUUAUAUGCAGCGACUGCGGAAAAGCCUUUAGUGGUCACUCAGCCCUACUUCAACACCAGAGAAAUCACAGUGAAGAGAAACUCUGUGAAUUGAAUUGAUGAGAGACUUUUCUUUUGUUGUACAUUUGAUAAUACAUUGAAGGAAAUCUCUAUCAGUAUAAUCAAGAGAAAUUUAUUAGUAAGAGUUUAGUAGGACUUCUCCCCUUAUUAUUGAAUAGAAAAUAUCUUCUUAGAAGAAACCUGUGAAUGAAAAGAAUAGGGAAAAGCUUUCAGCAGUUAUGUAGCCCUUAUUUAACAACAAAUUAUUACAGUGAAGAAAACUUGAAACUCCCCUCAUGGUCCACUGGGAAUCCUACUUGAGUAACAUGAACAUGGGAAAUGAGACAUCUUUUAGUAAGAGAUCUUGACAACUUGUGGAUCAGAGGGUAUAGUGAAGGGAAAAACCUUAUGCUAGGAAAAGUGUUUCAACUGGAAAUACACUUUUGCAUCAAGCUGGAGUGUUGGAUGGGAAUCUUUAUAAUAACAUUUUGUGCAUAAUUAUGGAAAUACAGAUUUUGCUAUUAUAAGGGGAGGGUCUGAGUGCCCUUUAAGGAAUAGAAUAUGGAAUACUAAAUCUGAAUUUAAGAAAAAAGUAGUAUUGAAUGGGAUAUUUACUGUUGAUCAAGAUUAACCUUAGAAAAGAUUAGUAAAUGAGAUUAGUAAUGGUGGAAAGGUUAUUGCCUAGAAGAAUGAGACUGAUGUUUUGAAACAAAAGGUGAUACGUAUUAACCCUGUGUGUCAGUGACCCUGGUUUACUCAUUACUGCAUUGUUGGACAAUUAGUUUGUAAUUUGUUUUAGGCAAUCACCAUAAGUUAUAAUUAUGGACACUGCAUCAAUAUACAUAACAUGAAGGAAUAAGGAGGAGACAGAAUUGUAUAUACAUAUCUACUAUACCAUCUAAAAAAAUGUAUAUGGAUAAGGACUGGAAAGACCCAUGGAGAAAUUAACCCAGUUAAUUUGAUUUUUUUUUAAGUGUCACAAACCUAGCACUUAGCGUGUACUAGGCUUUGUUUUCAGUGCUUUUCAACUAUUAACUUGUUCAAUCCCCUUAAUUCUAUGAGCUAGAUACUAUUAUUAUCCCAGUUUUACAAAUAGAGAAACUGAGGCAGAGAUGUUGUGAAACCUACCUAAGGACACACAGCUAGAAAGGUUUGGAGCUGGGAUUGUCUCCAGAGUUCAUGUUUUUAACUACUACGUUAUGCUGCCUCUCCAGUGAUUUUUUUCCCUAAUGUUUUUUUCUUUUAUUCAGUGUUUCUAUAGUAGAUAUUUGAUAAUAAAAAUCGAGAAAUUCCUAAACAACAAGAAAUAAAGUUACCUGGCUUUCUGUCCUGAAGGAUUUCUGGUAACAUGAGAGCUAAGAUCCCUUUGGAAUAUGAAGUCUGGACUGGACAUUCAGAACCACUGCAUUUUCUGGGACCUGAGUUUGCUAGAAUUUCACCACCCACAACCCUGAGGAUUACAGCAUAGCAGGGGCUGGGGGACUCACUGGAGGUUUGGGCAAGUCUGAGGAAUGCCCUUCAUGGGUUUAGAAUGCCUCUCAGGGGGCAGAGGGCAAGAGACACUACUGCACAUGGGAGCACCUUUUCUCAAGGUCUCCCUUGAAUUCAGUGUUUAUAUUUUCUUUAUAUUCUACAGAUGAAAAGAUUGCUUGAUAGAAGGGAGGAUUCAGAAGGGAAUCUAGUCCAUCACAUAAGAGUGAGGAAGUCUCUCUGAGUGCUCACAGGGGGAAGGGAGCGAGAGGGGUAGGAGGACUUUGGACGCUUCUCUCCAGUUCACACGUAUUUCCUGUAUUUCCCUAAACAAGGGCUAUAAUUAGGGGCAACAAUCCUUCCUGGAUAGGCUUCAAGGGUAUUGGUUAGAAAUCUAGGUACAAAAGAUUCAUCAGGUUCUCGAGGGGUCCAUAACUCCCCUAGUGGUUGAGAACCAGUGGCCUACUCAUAUCAUGGGAAGGCUGUGUUCACCAUGUGACUCCUGUGGCUGGAGCUCAAAUAGGUAUGUAGUAUCUGAUUCCCUACUUUUCAGGGCUUAAUGCAUAGUCAUCACCCAAUAAAUGUUGCAGGAGUAAAUUA